ACAAAUACGAGCGAGUCUCGGAUCCCAGGUGAGAAGAACGCGUGCGCACUUGUCUCUGUCUUUUCCUCAUCAACAGCUCGCUUCUCUUUCCCAAACAGAACCCUUUUCGUCCGGCGCCUUCUGAUGCUUCUUCGUGCUCAACAAUGGCGGGACUCAACGACGACCCGGUUGACGUCUUCUUAAAAGGGGACGCUCCCUCUAUCCCUCACUCCUCUUCCUUGAUAAGUCUCAAGACCCACAAAUUUUGUUCCGAGCCGUUGUCGAUGGUUGUAAUCCGUGAUUCUUCUCCAACCAGCAGCGCUGAUCUCUCAAUUUUCCCACCUAGCAGCCAUGAAAAUCUGACCCCUUCAUCAUCUCUUUCUGAUCACCAGUCGCUGCAGCAGUUCUCUUCCUCCGCAUCUAGCUGCGACUCGCCUGGUCUUCUCAUCAAUCUGGAACCGCAAAAGUCGCCGCUAAUAGCUUCACCGGUGUCUCCCUUCUUGUAUCCUCGAUCCAAUUCAGGCCCAUCCUCGUCCGAGCAAUUCGAUUCCGACCCAGACGGAUCAUUACCACAGUCUCCGCUAUCGUAUCCCUCGUCGGAAGUUGAUCUCCCGUCGUCACCGCUGCUUCCCGUGUCAGCGCCGCCCAGAUGGUGGGGAGUAGCUCUUCGGAUCAUCCGCAGCAAAGUUGGGAAUUUGGGGUCCCUUUUUGGAGGGGAGGGCAACCCCAGAAGCCGGGGUGUUUGGUCGAUGGGGAAUUUUGGGCUGACGGUAGCCGCAGUGUCAGUAAUGUGGUGGUUGUGGUUGAGAGAGAGGAGGAGGAGAAGGCUACAGCGACGAAACAGCGUGGGGCAGUUGGUGCAGAUUAUGAGAGAGAAGGACGAGAAAAUUGUUCAGCUCCUAAAUCAAAUAGCUCAGUUGAACGAGUUACUAAUAGGACGCCAUAAAUUGUAGCAGCCAGGCAAAGGGAUAUGAUAUGAGUGAGAAAGAAAGGGAAAAGAAAACAAGGAUGGAUGGGCAAACAAAUUGGAUGGGACCUCCCUGAGUCCUGACUAACGAGCAAUGCUAAGCAAUGAAGGCUUGUUUUUCUAUGGCAUGGCGGGCAGGCAGGCAGGCAUCAAUCAGUCUUUCAUCACAUUGGCUUGUUAAUACUCUGCAUUAGUGUGCAAACGGGAGCCCAGGAGAAGAAGCAGAAAGGGAAAUAAUGAGAAUGAGAUAGCAUGUAUUGUUGGGCUGCAAGAGCUGCUGUUCGUAGCUGUAUUAAUCAUUCAGCUCCACUUGUGAUAUUAGCAUAGCAGCAGCUACUGGUUGCGGCACAGGCCACUGAGUCGCUACAUAGACAGACAUCUCCUCUAUGUCUAUCUAUAUGUGGAAGCCAGGAGUUCAGAUGAUUUUAGGAUUCAAAUGCACAUUUUAUACACCCGUUUAGUUUUUUCGUUUUAGGUUUUGGUUGAAUUGAUGCAGAAAGAUGGAGCAUGUUCUGUUUGAUCUGGGUUGUAGAGGCUGAUGAUGAUAA